ACACUGGCCACAAACCAUCACUGGCCUCGUUUAUCACUCACACACAGAGGGGGGGGAAGAAAAGGGAUGGGAGGGGGUCAUUUUGAGCGAAAUUAAAGUGUCCCGGGCACCAAGCAGAGGGUUGAGGCUGCAGCCCUGCGUGUCGGAGGGAUUGCCAAUGGUGCACUAUGACAGAUAGCGCCGCACGUAUCUGCAGUAGGCGCCCCUCAUACUCCUAGCCCCGUGUUGGAUUCGCAGGAUUUGGCGCAAAAAAGAAAAAUAAACCAUUGGAUUUUUGCACCGGUAUCCAUUUUUGGAGUCCUGCAUUACCGCUUUGUUUGAAAGCCCAGUUGCCUUUCAAUGCAUAGAGGCGUGUAUAUGAAGAUGCCCUGUGGCUGAAGCGUGGUGAUGAGAUGGAUGGAGCCAAAGACCAACCAGCUCCCACAUCCCAUCAUGUCCAACGGCAGCAAGUCCCCCCCACAGUCGGGAGAAGCUGCAAGCUCUAACUCCAUGGCAUGGGUGAAGAUGUUUAAGAAGCCCGGAGGAGGAGGAGGCCUGAAGAAGUCCUACCAGCCUGGCAGCAUGUUGUCUCUGGCGCUCACCAAAGGUCUCUUGAACGAGCCCGGGCAGAACAGCUGCUUCUUGAACAGUGCUGUUCAGGUGCUUUGGCAGCUGGACAUUUUCAGGAGAAGUCUCAGGCACCUUUCAGGCCACUUUUGUCUAGGCGAUUCCUGCAUUUUCUGUGCAUUGAAGAACAUAUUCAGCCAGUUCCAACAGAGCCGGGAGCGCGUGCUGCCCUCAGAUAGCCUGCGUAACGCGCUUGCUGAAACUUUCAAAGAUGAGCAACGCUUCCAGCUCGGACUUAUGGACGACGCUGCCGAGUGCUUUGAGAAUAUCCUGGAACGCAUUCAUCUGCACAUUGUCUCAGACACGGCCAACGAUUCUUGCUGCUCAAAAUCCUGCAUCACUCAUCAGAAAUUUGCCAUGAUGCUUUACGAGCAGUUUGUGUGUCGCUGCUGUGGCGCGUCAUCAGACCCCCACCCUUUCACAGAGUUGGUACACUAUGUCUCAACCACUGCUCUAUGCCAACAGGUGGACCGUACAAUGGCGAGGACUGAGCGUCUCAGGUCGGACAUGUUUGGAGAAUUGCUGCAGGCGGCAAACAACACAGGCGACCUGCGCAACUGCCCUCGAGACUGCGGCCAAAGCAUCAAGAUCCGUCGAGUGCUGAUGAACUGUCCUGAGAUUGUGACCAUCGGAUUUGUUUGGGAUGCAGAGCAAUCUGAUCUGACGGAUGAUGUCAUCCGGUCACUUGGCCCCCGCUUGAAUUUAUGUGGACUUUUCAACCGUGUCACUGAUGAAAAUGCCAAACAGAGCGAGCUCCACCUGGUGGGAAUGAUUUGUUUCUCCAGCAAACACUAUUCGGCCUUUGCUUAUCACACCAAAUCUUCCAAAUGGAUGUUUUUUGAUGACGCCACUGUAAAGGAGAUUGGCUCCAAAUGGAAAGACGUGACUACCAAAUGUGUCAGGGGACAUUUUCAACCACUUCUUCUGUUUUAUACUAAUCCUGAGGGGACGCCAGUGUCUAACGAGGAUGCGCCACGGCAGACCACUAUGUGUCCCCGAUAUAAAGGCCAAGUCAACGGCGAAGUGACAGUGAAACAUCCCCUCGGCAGUCCAAACAGAUUCCAGGAAGCUUUUAUGGAUAAUUUUCAGAGGGUCAGUGAAACCACAAAAAAGGACAGAGGGCAUACAAGAAUAGACGGCUCCCAACUCAAAGACAUGACCCACACAAGAUCCACAUCUCCUCCUGAGAACGGACCGAGGGAGCAAAAAUGUAAAAGUUAUCCCCGCAAUGAGAAGUCAGCGACUCAUUCGAGCAGAGCAUCUCAGGAAGCACGUGGGCAAUUCCGACCCACGCAAGCUAGCGGGUACAGUAGGAAGAACCAUCUAUCGCCCAGUCGUUCCGAUCAGGACGGCUCCCAGGAUCAAUGGGAAAACAGCGGGAACGGAGGAAGCCGAAACAAAUUCAAAUCCACCUGGAGACCAGUUCGUGAGGUGCUAAACGUGGACACUGUACUCAAUGAACUUGAGCAGCGUCGUCAGCAGCAACACGACAGCCCUCGACGAUCCAAGACCGAACGGGCGCAGGCCGAGCAAAGUCAUGAACGUGAGCACGCAAGAAGCAGGGAGGAUCGCAAGCAGAAAUGUUUGAUGACCAUUUACGAAGAUGAGCAGCGUCACGAGACGGAGAGCCACAGCUCGGUGGAAUCGGAUAGCAGGGCCACCCAGCAGAGGGGCUGCAGGCUGACGGGCGGUGCCAAAACGUUGCUAAGGAGUGACACCUGGACCAUCCAGAGGACUGAGUCGGGAUACGAGAGCAGUGACCGGCUCAGCAGCGGCUCCACAAAUCCUGACUCGCCAGGGGUCGACGGAUUUGCCAUCAAAGAGCAGAGGUCUUCAACGGAAACCCAGUUCCAAAACCAGCUGCACCCAAAACCAGGCGAUGCAAAAUCAAGUGUAGCGUCCUCACCGUCACACAAUGGUAAACAUCAGGCAAAACCUCAGGGAAAGAACCAUGACCAGGUUUCACAUUCACAUCUUAAAUGCAGUCCAGGUUCAAGGCGCAAAUGCAAGUACACGUCCAAUACUUGCAGAAAGACUUGCGAGCGGGAGUGCGUGGCUGCAGAUAACAGGCAGAGCGAGCAGCAGGAGCUGACAAGCGGUCGAGGCCACACGGGGGAGUGCGCGGCCUCCAGGCACGUCACCAAGACCAGCAGCUCAGAGUGGAACAGCUCAGAUGACCUCGCCCUCUCAGAGCCCGAGGACAGAGACGCUUACCGAUCCGGCGAUGCUGCCAUCCCCGGGCCGCAGUGUCCUCGCGUCCCCCUGGCGUACCGCCAACCGUCUGGCAACGCUGCAGCGGAAUCUCAGCGCCAGCUGGGCACGCCGGGCACGGGUUCGCCUCACCUCCGACCCGGCCAGCGGCUCACCCCUCAUCAAGGCGAAAGCAGUGAUAACCUGUUCCGCCCCAGGACACUUCAAGAGCCCUUCCAGGUCAGCCCGCGCCACCGGAAGCCCGACAUCUCCGGCCUGCGGACCUUCUCGGAUGCCAGUUCCAAGUCUGGUUCGGACCCGGAGAGGAGCACGCCAUCGUCGUGCGAGAGCGAUGACAAGCUGGGGGCGGAGUGCGGCGCGGAACAGGCUCUCACAACUCAGGAGGUUUCUCUCACCACGUAUUUCAACGUGGACAACUGCAUGACGGAAACGUACCGCCUCAAGUACCACAAUCAGAGGCCUCUGUUGCUGUCGGCCACUGUGCCCCGAGCCACGGGCCUACCUGAGCGCAGGGAACCCCUGCACACGCUCUCUUCAGACACACAAGAUGUGUCAAAAGCAAAACCUGAAACAAGCAAUACAAGCAAUAAGCCCACUGCGAAAUGGAACCCAGUGACAGCCAAAGGCCUGGAUGAACGAGGCUUUUUAUGAGUCUACCUUUCUUUUUGUUUGUUUUGUUUACAUGCAUCAACUGUGCGGUCAAAUGAGAUUGAAAAUGGAUGCCAAAGAGAUAACAGAGGUGGAAGUGCACUAUGUGGACAAAAGUGUCAGGACACUGUGCUUUAACACUUGCUCUUGAGUGAAAAUGUGCUGCUAUUAUGAUGAGAUGUAGGAAUAUGACUGUUUGAAUGUUGACCCUGAUUACAUCUUCAUUUGGAUGUGUCGCGUAUAUUGCUCUGUUGCUAUGCUAAUGUAGCAUCCGAGACAGUUACAACAACACUUGCUUCUCUGUAACAUCACUGUUGUGCUUCACUCUCUUAGCAUGAUUUAUAGAUUCACUCUCAACAGUUGGAUUAAACAAGAUGAGCGCUAACAGCCAGUCCUCCCAGUUAAAAAGAAUUGGGCAUCUAACACUGUCAAUGGCAGGCCAUAGACUUCACUAUCAGUUGACGGGACACGGGGCUCGGGGCCGAUCUGUAAGGGGCCUAUUUUCUAAAACUAUUUUCAAAAAUUCUAAUGUUUUCAAAAGCAAGGCUGCUAGUGACCUAAAACCAAAACAAGCACCUCCCUUAGGCAUAUAUGAGUCUCCCAGAGCAGCGACAUAAAAAAAUUCAAAGAUGUUCCCUAAUAAAAUCCUGAUUAUUUUUUAUACAAGUAUAACAAAACUUAAAAUGUCUAUAAAAUUCUCAAAUUUUACGGCAGAUGCACAAAAAUCCCCAAAUACAGAGAUAAUCACCUAUAUUUUCAGGAUCAAUAGCAAUAUUUAACAUAUCAUAUAAGAUUUUGCCCAAAAUAGCAUAAUUUUUUUUUUUUUUUUUAGUUUUCAACAGCUAAUAAAUCAAUUUUCACAUCAGACACUUAAUACUUGAGGAAAGCAUGCAGAAUCAUCUUAAUACUACUCAACAAAAGCAAAAUUUGCAUUUAAUAUUUUAGGUUAAAUUCCGAUUUUACUAUUGCCCCAGCACAUCUUGCCGGCUAUCAUGCCCUCGUCGUUUUUAGAUUGAAAUGUUACAUAAAAUAAAACACGUAAAAGGCGAGUUUUUUUUGUAUGGACGCAGAAAUGUCUAAAUUACUAGUUUUUUGCCAAAAGACGGGCAGCUGGCGGAAAAUUACCUGAUCAUUUAACUGUAAAGUUACGCUACUGUGUAUGUAUACAACAUGGUGGCUAUCACAAAACAAAGAGCUUUUUAAGUUGAAAAUUCGAGCUUUUUAAGUUGAAAAUUCUUGUAAAUAAAUGCGUACAUCUCGUAAUUUCUAUAGAUAUGAACAUAGAACAAUAGAUUCUUGGUUAAAAGGGAAAAAAAUGGGCAGUUAUCAUUCAUUUUAUAUAAAUAUUUCAAGCUAAAGUUGCGCAAUUUUUUUCUAUGCAUUUUUGUCCACAAUGUUUCAAAGUUGGGAUAUUUGAUACAAUUACCUUGAAUCUUCGACAAAUCACUCUUGAGACUCUUGACUCUUGCCUUCUUGUAUGCAGUAAAACCUUUGUCCUGUUUCCACCUAAAUCCGCAGCGUGUGUUUGAGUUUAUCAACGGGAAGGUGUAGUGCAAUGUUUGUGGGAGCUGUCUUGUCAACUGAUGGUGAAGUUUAUGGGUAGGCAAUGAAUUAAAUACUAUAAAAAAAAAAAGGAAUAUAAUAAUAGUAAUUUAGUUUUGUUUAUUGGCCAUAGCAUAAUUGUUUUUAUUCAUUUUAAAUGCAUAAUUUCUGUUUUUAUUAUUAUUUGUAUUGUAAAUGUAGUAUUUUUUUCAUUCAUUAAAACAUGUAAUAUUUAUUUGAAUAUACAGUAUGUAAAUUAAUUAUUAAAAAUUAUAAACAAUCAUAAAAGCAGUCCCUGGCCCUAUGAAGAGUUUAAGCAUGCCUUGAAAGUGAGGCACUAAGAUGAUGUGAUAUAAUUGUUGUUUAAUGUGCUGUUUUGGUGUUCUCAUUGCGUGUGGGGUGUUGAAAUUGUUACUUCACUUAUUUUCAACAAUUGCUAACCCACUUAAAAUGAAUUAAGAUUCAGGGCAAUAGCAACAACACCUGAGUGGUCAGUUAAUAAUUCAUUCGUGUGUCCCCAAAUUUUGUCCAUAUAGUGUGACACUUUCACAUUGAGUGGAAUUUAUUUAUGCAAGCUUGUCACUUGUAAGUGAGGCCUCGUUUAAAUAUGAAAGAUGUUCUUUGUUUUAUGCAUUAACACUUUUUUCGCACACGCCCUUGUCUUCCACUAUUCCUAUUACACCAACACAAGGACAGUUUUGCACUGAUUCUUUUAAACAUAUUCCUUUUUUUUUUUAUUUUUAUUUUUUAGUAACAUUACAUUACGUUUGUUUUGCAUAGCAGAAAUGUUGCAGUGCGAUGGCACACUGCUUCGCUCCAAUUAGAUGUGGACUUCCGACUUGUUAUACAAUUGUCUUGACACAGCUGUGUGAGGUCAUAUGUUCCCACUGAAGAGGCUUACAUCAUCAUUUCUGAAGGCAGUUGGUUUACCUUGCGAGUGAAUACUACACUAUGCUGUCUUCCUGCAGGUUUAAUGUUAUUCAAAAACUGUUACACAUAGGUUUUUAUGGUCUUGUUUUUAUACUCUAUCAAAUCGGAGUGUGAUUAAAUUGUUCAUUUUGCCACAAAAAAAUGUGACUGGACGUAUAGUCAGUUUUUGUAGAGUGCCUCUAUUAACUCUUUGGUUGGCUCUUUUAUCCUUCAGUUGGGAACUUAAAAUGAGUGUAGACGGCCAAUCCACUUGAAGUAGGAGGUUGGGAGUGAGUGAACGUUCAUUCAUUCGCUGCCAUCCCUCCCACUUCCAAUAUAUCGGACGUCUAGCGCCACAGAUGAGUUAACGGGGUGGAAAAUAUUGCAAAUAUGACCCUUGUUUUUUUUGGGGGGGGGGAGGGUACUUAAAACAGGCAAGACAUUGGCUUUAACUACACGAGCUUUGAUAUCGAACGUUUCAGGAAAAUGCCUACUAGAACAUCUGAACUUUGGGGUUUAUCAGAAGCACUUUAAAUUGUAUCAAUUGUGUAUGACUCGCAUUCCACAUUACUUUUAUGUGAUUGGAUAAGGGUGUGCACACUUGUGCAAUAAAAUCUGUUUAAUUUUAUACCCUGUAUAUAUUUUUAAUUGAACCGUAUGGGUUAUACAGUUUGUGACUAUUAUGGCGGAAAUAUCUUGCAAAUAUUUACUUCACAAAAGCACAACAUUUCAACAGUGGUGUGUAGAUUUUUGUAUUCUCUGUACACAUACAGUGGUAUGAAAAAGUAUCUGAACCUUUUGGAAUUUCUCAUAUUUCUUCAUAAAAUCACCAUCAAAUGUGAUCUGAUCUUUGUCAAAAUCACACAGAUGAAAAAAGUGUCUGUUUUAAUCAAAACCACCCAAACAUUUAUUGGUUUUCAUAUUUUAAUGAGGAUAGUAUGCAAACAAUGACAGAAGAGGGAAAAAUAAGUAAGUGGACCAUUACAUUUAAUAUUUUGUGGCCCCCCUUUUGGCAGCAGUAACUUCAACCACACACUUCCUUAAGCUGCAGAUCAGUCUGGCACAUCGGUAAGGACUAAUAUUGGCCCAUUCUUCGCUACAAAACUGCUGUAGUUCAGUCGGAUUCCUGGGAUGUCUUUAGAUGAUGCCACGGCAUCUCAAUGGGGUUGAAAUCUGGACUUUGACUUGGCCACUCCAGAACGUGUUUAUUGUUCUUCUGAAAUCCUUCUUGAAGUUAAUUUACUUCUGUGUUUUGCAUCAUUGUCUUGUUGCAGCAUCCAUCCUCUUUUUAGCUUCAACUGUUUAGCAGACGGCCUUAGGUAUUCCUGCAAAACGUCCUGAUAAACAUUUAAAUUAGUUCUUCCAUUGAUGAUUGCAAGUUGUCCAGGCCUUGAGUCUGCAAAACAGCCCAAAAUCAUGAUGCUCCCUCCACCGUGCUUCACGGUGGGGAUGAGGUGUUGAUGUUGGUGAGCUGUUCCAUUUUUCCUCCACACAUGACGUUGUGUGUUACUCCCCAUCAAUUCAAAUUUGGUUUCAUCAGUCCACAAAAUAUUUUGCCAAAACUUCUGUGGAGUGUCCUCGUGCCUUUUUGCGAACAUUAAACGAGCAACAUUGUUUUUUUUUUUAGACAGCAGUGGCUUCCUCAGUGGAGUCCUCUUAUGAACAUCAUUAUUGGCCAUGGUUUUACAUAUGAUUAAUGUGUGUACAGAGAUAUUGGACUGUGCCAGUGAUUUCUGUAAGUCUUUAGCAGACACUCUGGGGUUCUUUUUUUUUUUUUAACCUCUAUGAGUAUUCUGCGCUGAACUCUUGGUGUCAUCUUUGUUGGACAGCCACUCCUUGUGAGAGAAGCAACAGUGCCAAACUCUCUCUAUUUGUAGACAACUUCUCUGACUGUCGAUUGAUGAGCAUCCAGACUUUUAGAGAUGGUUUUGUAUCCUUUCCCAGCUUUAUACAAAUCAACAAUCCUUGAACGCAGGUCUUCAGACAGAUCUUUUUGACUGAGCCAUGAUGCACAUCAGACAGUGCUUCUCAUCAAGACAUUUCUUACCAGGUGUGUGUUUUAUAGUGGGCAGGGCAGCUUAAAACCACUCAUCAGUGAUUGGGCACACAACUGACUUAAAAUGUUUGAUAAAAAUUGGUUUCAAUUGCUCUGUAAGUCUCCUUAGGCAGAGGGUUCACAUACUUAUUUUUCCCCCUUCUGUCACUGUUUGCAUGCUAUCCUCAUUAAAAUAUGAAAACAUAUAAAUGUUUGGGUGGGUUUAGUUAAAGCAGACACUGUAUUUUCAUCUGUGGGAUUUUGACAAGGAUCAGAUCAUGGUUUCAUGGUGAUUUUUUGCAGAAAUUUGACAAAUUCCGAAAUGUUCAGAUACAUUUUCAUACCACUGUAAAUUGGUUAAGCGCAAACAAAUCGAAAUCGAUCCAAACAUUGAUCAAAAACACUUUCAGUUAUGCUAUUUUGGAUAUAAAUCAAAUGUCUGAAAUGUUUCAUUAACAAAAUAUUGGCAAAUAUUAUGUUGUUUUCCCCACAAACUUGGUGAUUUACACCCCUAGUAUUUGUACUCUAUGUUCACAUUCAGCCUAACUGAUUGGAUAGAUGACCCUUAUUUUGAUUGUAAUUUAAGACAUUUUGAAGCUGAGAAUGUCAGUGACCUGAUCUAAAGCCAAUAGAGGAUGCUUUUUUUUCCCAUAGUGAAGUCAUACCUGUAAGUAAAGAAGGUAGGCUUACACUAUAUAAACAAUAAUACUGUAGCAUUUAGCUUUAAAUACAUUUGAAUGCCUUGAAAUGGAGGUAAGGCAUGACAUCCUUUUGUGAAUCAUCUUAAAUGUCAACCUUCUAACCACAUGUUGAUUAUUUUUAUUUCAAAUCAUGUAUGAUGUGAUAUAAAGGCAACAUCGUAAAAUCUGGCCAAAUAGUUCUGGAGGUCACAUUGCGACAUUAACUCUUACACCUUAGUCCACAACUGGCGCCACUUAUCGCGUCUUUUUAUGAUCUGCCAGGAUUAAUGAGUGACAGAGGAUCGUAGAAAUGUGUCGAUGAAGACUUUUUGUGUGUGUUAAAGCAGUUUAAUGGCCUCCACGUGGGUGUAUGUACAAAUAAGUUGCAUGCCAACCUACCACAAAUGAUGUAACCUUUUUGCGUUGUACCCUUCAUUGUUCUCUCGUCCCUCACAUAUUCUAUUGUACUAUUUAUGUUACGGUGUGAAGAUGUUUGCUAAAUGAUAUCAAUGAAAUUCAUAUGCCAAUCUGAUGUCAUGCUGGGAUUCCGGUCCCAAAAAUGUCCUCAAAAGUCCCCAAAUGUGCAUGUGGCCUUUACCAAGUCUUACUAGCUUGCUUGUUACAGCAAAAGCAUGAGCAUGAAAAUAAUCCAAAACAACAUUAACUAUCCAAUAUUUAUUCAAACAUACUAAUCCGAUUGCUGUUUGUAAUUUCAAAUGUUUUUUUUAAGACUUGAAUGUUCUUAUUCUCUUAUUUAUACGAAUGAAUCUGUUGUAAAUAUGACCGUAUGAAGCAAAUAAUGGACUUCCAAAUUGUCCAAAGUUAUGCUAUGCAUUAGGUUGAUAAGGUUAUUUUGACAUUUGUUGUGUUUUUUUUUUUACAUGUUAAUCCUCCCCAACCAUAUGUAAAAAUUAUACACUCAGUGGACUUCUCAUUGGGUACACUUGUACACAUUGUUUUUAUUAAUAUUGGGGUUAGUAAUUAAAAAAAAAAAAAAAAAAGUAAUUAUGUUCUUAGCUAUAGUUUUGUUUUACGCCUUUCAGUCUCAAGGUCACAGUGAAAAAAAACAAACUAAUAUUCACAUUAAAAUAUUUAAAAUAUUUUGGGCGUAAAAUCACUUUUUUUUUUCUUACACCGCACUUAAUGAUAACUCAUGGCCAAAUUGUGGAGAGUAAAAGAAACCCAAUGAAAUGCAAGAAUGCAAAUGCAAAAAUAAUCCUUUAUGAAUAGGAUUAUUCUCGAUUUUGGGUCCCACUUACUGAAUUCUUUAUUUUAAAAUAUAUGUAUUUUUGUGGGUUUUUUGCAGGGUUGGUUAACAAUGGUCCAUCAUACUUGACGUUGUGCAAAUAUGACAAAAGAUGAUGUUUGUAAACAUCAAAUGUAAUGUGGAAAAAUUUUUUAAAUUUUAAUUCAAAUCCAAUACUAAAGAUAUGUAUAAUACAAAAUCAUAACAUCAGUAUUAAUUAUACAG